UUUCUAUCCUCACCUCAUUCUAGUUGUGACUGAACAACAUAGGAGCUUCCUCCAUAACCAUGUUCCCACAAUUCCUCAUCUUCUUCCUCCUCUGCACUCUCUCUGCAUCUCUCAACACAGAUCAAGAAAAAACUGAUGAAGAUUUCGGGCGUUCAUUGGAUCCCAAACUGUUGGGUUUGGAAAAGCAAGAGAAGCUGAGCCAUUUCAGGUUCUUCUGGCAUGACAUAGUGAGUGGAACCAACCCUUCUUCUGUGGUAAUUGUUCCCCCACCAUUGAAGAACUCAAACACAGCCUUUGGUUUGGUGAACAUGAUUGAGAACCCUUUGACACUGGGACCCCAAUUGAGCUCCAAAUUGGUGGGGAAAGCACAAGGGUUCUAUGCCUCCACAUCACAGAGUGAGGUUGAUCUGAUCAUGGCCAUGAACUUUGCAAUCACUGAAGGGAAGUACAAUGGGAGCACCAUCACUGUUUUGGGGAGGAAUCCUGUUUUCAACAAGGUGAGGGAAAUGCCUGUGAUUGGUGGGAGUGGACUCUUUCGUUUUGCAAGGGGAUAUGCUGAGCUUAGAACUCAUUGGUUCUCUCCCAAGACAAACAAUGCUAUUGUUGAGUACAAUAUCUAUGUGUUGCAUUAUUAAUUUAUGGUACAUACACCAGGCUUUUAUUUACUUUGGUAUUAUGUUUCCUCAUUUGAGGCCAUAAUAUGCAUUCACUCACACGUGAAUGUGAUCUUACAUUUUGUAUUUUACUCUUGGAGGGAGUGAUGGAGUUGAGUUUGUCAUCCUCAGCUCUCCUCCCUCUUAAUUUAUCUUUAUAUAAACAUGGUGUAUUUGUGGUUGAUAUGAGAAAUAGAAUAAAAAAUAAUUUAUUAA